AUCCUGUGCGCCUCGAAGUUACGUGUUCAGUGGUCGUUAGUGACGUAUCUCCUUUGGGAAGCUGGAGGAAGAGACUCUAAGGAAGGAAAGCUGAAGCCAAAAGAUGGAGCCUCCUGAGGUUACCAUAAUUGAAGGUGUGGGAGAUGAAGUGACGGUAGUGGCUGGUAUAGUGGUCCUCAUUAUGGCCCUGGUCCUGGCCUGGCUCUCUACGUAUGUUGCAGAUGGUAGCAACCAUCUUCUAGGAACUGUCAUGGCCACUGGAGAUUCAUCAGUGAUCCAUCUGAACACCAUUGAAAACUACGUGGGAAAUUCUGUUUCUGAACAGUCUGAGCCUCAGGAUGCUACGGAAGAUACUGAAGAGAAGGCAGAUGAAGGUUCUGCUUCUGGCACGGGUCCUAUGGUAGAGCAAGUUGAUAAUAGCAGUAGCUCUGAUGCUGCUUUAGACUGUCUAUUGGACAUUCAGGGUCUGCCACAAAGGACCUUUUCUAUAGAUGGUGUUUCCCAGGAAAACCAGGGAGUUCCACAAACAGUAGCCAAUAUGGAGGAGAGUGAGCCAAACCCAGGCUUCAUCAAAGUGCGUCUCAAAUUCCUCAAUGAUACAGAAGAAGUAGCUAUUGUAAAGCCAGAAGACACCAUAGGUAUACUGAAAAGCAAAUAUUUCCCAGGCCAGGAAAGUCAGAUGAAAUUUAUCUACCAGGGCCAGCUUCUCCAGGACCAGGCACGGACUCUGCAGUCCCUCAACAUCCUGGACAAUUGUGUAAUCCAUUGUCAUCUCUCCCAGACCGUUUCUGCCAUGCCUGAUACUGUGGUAGCACCAUCAGAAGCAGGGGGUAUUACUUUGAGCAUGGGUGACUUGAUGAUUCCUGUUUUUAUGCUGAUGCUGGCAGUCAUCUGGUAUUUCCGCAUCAACUACCGCCAGUUAUUCACAGCACCUGCCACCAUUUCCUUGGUUGGGGUAACUGUAUUUUUUAGUUUUCUUGUUUUUGGGAUGUAUGGACGGUGAGCACCUAUGGGGGAAGAAAAGUUUCAGCUACCCUUUAAACCAAUAUGCUUUUUAUUUGAUAUUUUCACGUGUUAAUAACCUAGAGCACCAAGGAAACUUUUACCCAGAAUUCUACAGUGAUUGAAAAAAAUGGCUCUACAAUCAUUUGGAAAAACAAAAGAAAACAAAACCUUACUUAAUUUCUACGUUUUCUAUGGCUACGCCUGGAUAUUUUUGAAGGCUACUAGUAAAAGAUGAAGAUGUGACACAUGAUGAAGAGUAAGGCAUCAGCAAUUGCUCUGCUCUCCGUUACUUGUUUUCCAUUUAAAACAUUAUUCUCUUCCAUCAUCUACGUCUCUAGGAGCAAUUUGGCUGAGCACACAAUUUUCUUCACAACUACAAUGAUUGGAAAGUUAUUGAUGAUUGUACUGAAAUCCAAUUCCUUUUAUGCUCUUGGACGUCUUCUGAGUCCCCCAAUAGAGGAGAGGGGCUUUUUAGCUUAAGUGUUUGCCUAAUUAGUUUGUUUCGGCUUGGAGAAGCAUGGAAGGAAUGGUCUUGAUGCACAUUUCUCUUAAUUCCACUGUGACCAAUAAUCUAGUGGUAAAGCAAUGACUCAGUGUACUCCAUGAAUGCCAAUGAAUCUAUCUCUAGUGGAGUGGAACAAAUGGAGCAUCUGCCUUCUGCAGUUCACAUAGAGGAACAUUAAUAUCUCAAAACCAAGUAUUUUUGAGCUGUGUUCUGAAGAUAUCUGGCUGUACCUUACCUGUGGAUUCCAGGUUUAGACAGUGCCUGCCAGAAGUGCAUAUGCAUCAUGAUGGGGAAGGCAGUUAAUUGCAAAUGCUAGCUGGAUGCCUAUGUGGUGCACCUUGUGCUUGCUUAAGAAAAAGUAACAGCUGCACUGAGAGCAUCCUGCCAACUGUUUAGGCAGCUUGUUUACCUUUUGUAGUGGAUAUAUGCUGACACAUGCCUGCCCAAUCAAGCAGAACAAUCCGGCUGCUAUCAUCUAAAUUUCUGAACGUUAUUCAUGUGUUUGUUAAUCUAGCUAUAGUUUUAAACUCCAUUGAUUUUACUGAGUCUCUUUGCAGCAUGAUUACUUCAAAUGAAUUAAUUUUCUUGUAGGUGGGAGUUAAUGAAAGUAUUAAAGUCAAGUUAUCUCCUGAAAUUCACUGCAACAUUCCCAGAGACUGAGCUAGAACAGAGAGUUAUUACUGAGAGCUGGAUUUUCCAUUGGAGAGAAACACUACUUUAAAGCUAGGAUUGAGUAAAAUUAAAUCAGCCCUCCAAAGUUGUGAGCAGUCUCAUUGGUCAAGAUGGGUAUUAUGUUUUUAGGCAUCAUGGUUACAGAGAAGCUCAAGUUAAAUUGCAGACUUAAACAUCCAAUUUAAUUAUCAGUGCCAAGUAGAUGUCCAAAUGCUGCUGAAAGCUACUCUGUAAUGUUUUUCGACUGCUGUAGCUUCUAAAAUCAAGGCAUUAAAGACAGAUUAUCAGAAAUGUGUGUUUACCUGGGGCUGGGCAGAUUCUUUGAGAGAUGCUUUGGAAUGCCUAGGAGUGUGUACGAAGUUCUUGUCAAGUAAUUAAGGCAGCCACGUGUGUCCCCCCUGCCCCAACCUCUCUGGCUGCUUCAGAAUUGCAUUUGUGGGCAUGCACACAGACUUAGCAGUGAAGUAGCUAUGCAUGUACGUGGAUACAGAGUCAAUUGGCUACUUCCAAAGAAGCUGCGCAAACCUAGAAAAAUGGCACUGCUGUUUGAAAAGAAGUGCUUCAUGUGUGUUCCUGCACACUAAAAAGUGCUCUUUUGGGGGAUUUGCACAGCUUUAAUUUUAAGUACAUCUUUUGCUUGAUAUGUUGUCUGAAAUGUAUUCUUCUUGUAAAAAAGAAAAAAAUAUAUA